AUUUCAAUUAUAUAAGCAUAAGUAAUAUAUCAAUUAAAAAAGACAAUUAAAUAGGUUUUCUUCGAGCAAGAUGGGAAUUAGAAUUUGGUGUUUGUUUAUACAGAUAAUUUAGCAACUGUAGAGGAAAAAAUGAAAAUGAAACAAUUGGGUUUGCAUUUUAUUACAUCUAUUUUGUUAGAAUUGGUGGUUUGUGCUCUCAAUUUUUUGCUUUUAACUUUAAUGCGUUUACUGAGAACAUGCAUGAGAAAAGUGAAGUUUGAAAUGUAAAUUUAGUGAUUCAUUUCUGUCUUUGUGGGAGAAUUUGAAAAGUCAAAAAAUUAUUGCUGUUUCGAGUUUCUUUUUGGGACGAAAGGGAAAUAGUCAAAUAGGGUGAAUGAGGUGGUUUGGGUUUGUCUACUAUAUGUCAUGUGCAGACAAUGCUUGUGUUGAUGACAAGUAGCUUCACAUAACUGAACUUGAAAGAAAAUUAUUUGAAAGUUUGCUGUUUGAAGUAAUAUUUUUGAGAUUAUUUAAGUAAUAUAUUUUUUUCUUGUUUUGUAGAUGUUGAAGAGUUUUAUCAGCAGUGUGAUCCUGAGAAGGAGAAUUUAUGUUUGUAUGGCUUUCCAAGUGAGCAAUGGGAAGUUAAUUUACCAGCUGAAGAAGUUCCUCCAGAGCUACCAGAGCCUGCAUUGGGUAUUAACUUUGCAAGGGAUGGCAUGCAAGAGAAGGACUGGUUAUCUUUAGUUGCUGUUCAUAGUGAUGCAUGGCUGCUUUCAGUUGCCUUCUAUUUUGGAGCUAGAUUUGGAUUUGAUAAAGCUGAUAGGAAACGCCUUUUCAAUAUGAUAAAUGAUCUUCCAACAAUAUUUGAAGUUGUGACUGGUGGAGCAAAGAAACAGGGAAAGGAGAAGUCAUCAGUCUCAAAUCAUAGUAGUAACAAAUCGAAGUCCAAUUCUAAAGCACGGGAGCCACAGGGAAAGUUUUCAAAAGCAUCACAGCCAAAGGAUGAAGAUGAAGGCUUGGACGAGGAAGAUGAUGAGGAGCACGGAGAGACUUUGUGUGGGGCAUGCGGUGAGAACUAUGGAACAGAUGAAUUCUGGAUUUGCUGUGAUGUCUGUGAGAAGUGGUUCCAUGGGAAGUGUGUGAAAAUUACCCCAGCUAGAGCAGAGCAUAUUAAGCAGUACAAAUGCCCAACAUGCAGCAACAAGAGAGCCCGCGCUUGAUAUCACCAACAUGUGAUGCUGUGUGCCCUGUUUGUAACUCGUCUCUCUCAUUGUGUUACUAUUUCCAGUAUCUGACUAGUAGUGCAGCUGCAACAGGAUGUGAAUGAUUAGUUUGGUGUAGGAGAUCUCAGUUUUCAGUUUUAAAACUGUUUCUUUGUAGUUUGAUUUUCGGACAAUUCCCAUGUAGAACAUUUAAUUUAUCCUUAAUAUCCAGUUGCGAAUUCUGUGAAAGUUCUCAAAAACCACCAUGUGCAAAAUCAGGAUCAGGAUCUAAUCAGAGACAUUUAUGGUGAUUCAAUGCAAGCACUCGAGGACGAAGGGACGGAUGCUUUUAUAAGACUACCAACUGCAAGUUGGGUCUGGGACCAUUUUAUUUAUAACAAAUUCUGGAAAAUUCU